AUGUCGCUGAGGAGUCAUCCUGACCGUGAGAGCUACGUCCGGGAUCAUCCUGACCCCGAGACGUCCUCCAGGGAUCAUCCGGACCGCGAAGGGUCUAUCCGGGAUCAUCCUGACCCCGAGAUGAUGCUGAGGGAUCUUUAUGAACCCGAAAUGUCGACAAGGGAUCAGCCGGACCCCGAGACGCCUGCCAGGGAUCAUCCUGACCCCGAGAUCCUGACCACCGAGGACCGAGGUCAACGGAGGAGCAGCGAUCCUGACCCAGUGGACCUAGGCCGAAAGGACGAGUAUGCAGAGGAUCCUGAUGAAGGUACAGAUCACGACCAGCACAGUGCUGCGCCGUGCGACAACAAAGAGGACGGGUGGCGACCAACCUUAUUCCAUACCUUGUGGAUCUGCAAUCUUCACCCCUCGGACUCGAGGAAGGACUCGGCGUCCGGUUACAACCUAACCAUACUAAAAAAUCUAACAACACCAACCAGACGCCCAGGACCAAGCCAGGACCAUCCGAACCGUGCAAGGAGCAUCCAGGACCAUCCGGACCUGGAGAGGAGCAUCCAGGAUCGACCGCACCAGGAGAGGAGCAACCAGCACCAUCCGGACCGGGAGAGGACCGUAAGUGACCAUCCUGACCUCGAGAGGACCAUACGGGAUCACCAGGAUCUCGAGAUGCAGGAUCGGGAUCAUCAGGAUCUCGAGGUGAGUGACCGGGACCAACGGGAUCUCGAGGUGCGAGAACCGGAUCUCGAGACACGAGAGAGGGAUCAUCCUGACCUCGAGGGACGUGACCCGAAGGAUCCUGACCCCGAGGGAAGUGACCACGAGUAUCCGGACCCCGAGGACCCCGAGAUCAUGAAGCAGAUAUGCGAGGGUGAGGACCCGGAGCAUCGACCCGGAGGGAACGACAACGAAGACGACGACAGGCGAGUUCUUCUGCAGUGGCUGACUGGUCCCGAGUAG